AUGAAGUAUUCUAUGAAGUUCGUCGCUUCGGCGACUGCUCUACUCUCCACCGCUCAGGGUUAUCAAACAUCUCAAUUCGUUGUCUACACACCUGGCGGUGACGACCAAGUGGUUGAGCGUGCGGAUGCGAUCACCAAUCCAGGACAGCUUAGUGGCCACGUUCAUCAAGUCUUCGGCGCGAGCAACUUCGGCCCUGAGCUCAGCUACGAGGCCCUGCAGAAAUCCUCAUGCACGACCAUCUCCAGUGCGUCUGGCGAUAGCGUCUUCCAUGACAAGAGCUCUUACUGGCACCCUGCCGGCUUCAUGGAGUCUAGCAACGGGACCGGAUACGUUCGCGUGCCCACCAACGGCCACAAAAUCUACUACCGCGACGUGGGCAACGCUGCAGACUUGAAGGCCGAUCCUUUCGAAUUUCCAGCAGGCUUCCGUAUGAUCGCUGGCGACAUGACCAUGCGUGCUGCAAACAGCGAUGUUUUGCAUCAGACGAUUACGGAAUGGAUCUGCCAUGGAAAUGGCCAAAACAAGGGCGACAAGGGUGGCAUGCCUUCAGGCUUUACUGACUGCGCUUCCUACCCUGGACUCAAUGCCGCCAUUCACUUCCCUCACUGCUGGAAUGGCAAGGAUUUCGACCAGUCCAAACCUAGUGCUCAUGUCUCCUAUCCUGAAGGGGAUGUUCAGGGCGGUCCAUGCCCAUCAUCCCACCCACACCGUCUCCCGCACAUCUUUAUGGAGAACCAGUUCGAUAUUCACAGCGUUGUUGACCAAGUCAAGCCCGGUACGUUCGUCUUGUCGCAGGGCGACUCCACUGGGUUCGGCUUUCACGCCGACUUCUUCAAUGGCUGGGAUUCUGGCGCCAUCCCUGAUCUCUUCGACAACUGCCCACAAGGCGAAUGGGGCAAUACCGACAUCGGGACCUGCGCAGCUUUCAAGGCGGGCUCAGCCAAGGGCGCGGCCUGCAAGCUGAAGAGCUCAUUCGAUGAGAAUGUCAACACGCCAGGCGAUGCCCUUCCAGGAUGCAACCCCAUUGUCUCCACCAACCCAGCACCAAAGAUGGCUGUGGCCGCUCUCGGCAUGGCGACCACGGACUGCUCCGCUGCUGGGGGUAGCAGCAGCUCCAGCUCUGGUGGUUCCAGCAACGGUGCCAGCUCUGGCGGUUCCAGCAACGGUUCCAGCAACGGUUCCAGCUCUGGCGGUUCUGGGUACAAUGGCGACGACGAUGAUACCAGCUCCAGCAGCACCGCGGCAGCACCACCUGCAUACAACGUUCCAUCGUCAUCAUCUUCAUCGACCACAUUGGCCGUUGCAUACACACCUUCGCCGGUGAUCCAAAUCGAGACCGAAGGCGCCAACAACUACGUGUACGAGACCGUCUACAAGACUGUCUACGCCCGCGAGGCAGCCCCAACGCCAGCGCGCCAUGGCCAUCACGCUCAGCAUUUGAGGCGUCAUGCUAAGAAGCACGUUUAA